AUGAAGGGCUACGCAUUCGCCUUAUCGCUCCUCCCACUGUUGGCGGCCGGUUCGCCAGUCCUCGUCGACACCAUCCACAACGAUGCUGCUCCUGUCAUCUCCUCUUCUAAUGCAAAGGAGAUCCCUGACUCCUACAUGGUUGUCUUCAAGAAGCAUGUGAGCGAGCGGGAUGCUACUGCCCAUCACUCCUGGGUCCAAGAGGCCCAUGUGUCACACGAGUCCCGCAAGCUGGAGCUUCGGAAACGCAGCCAAGUUCCUAUGUCGGAUGACACUGUCUUUGAAGGAUUGAGACAUACAUACAAUAUUCCCGGCGGGCUUUUGGGAUAUGCUGGUCACUUCGAUGAAGGAGUCAUCGAGAUGGUCCGAAGACACCCGGAUGUUGAAUACAUCGAACGUGACUCCGAGGUCCGAACCAUGAAUCAUACUCCGGCACUCGAGAAGAACGCUCCCUGGGGUCUCGCCCGUAUCUCUCACCGUGAAGCUUUGGGCUUCGGAAACUUUAACAAAUACCUCUAUUCCUCGGAUGGCGGUGAGGGCGUCGACGCCUACGUCAUCGACACCGGUACCAACACUGAGCACGUUGACUUCGAGGGCCGUGCCAGCUGGGGCAAGACGAUCCCAAUGGGUGAUGAAGAUGUGGAUGGUAACGGACACGGCACACACUGCUCCGGCACAAUCGCAGGCAAGAAGUUCGGUGUCGCUAAGAAGGCCAAGAUCUACGCCGUCAAGGUUCUCAAGUCAAACGGCUCUGGCACCAUGUCUGAUGUUGUCAAAGGCGUCGAAUGGGCUGCCACCUCUCACUCUUCAUCGGUGAGUGCCGCAAAGAAGGGCAAGAAGAAGGGUUUCAAGGGCAGUGUUGCCAACAUGAGCUUGGGUGGUGGCAAGUCUCGAGUCUUGGAUCUGGCCGUCAACGCCGCCGUGGAUACUGGUCUUCACUUUGCCGUCGCGGCUGGAAACGACAAUGCCGACUCUUGCAACUACUCCCCUGCUGCUGCCGAGAAGGCCAUCACGGUCGGUGCUUCUACCUUGGCUGAUGAACGUGCCUACUUCUCCAACUACGGUACUUGCAACGACAUCUUUGCUCCUGGUCUCAACAUUCUCUCCACCUGGAUUGGCAGCAAGUAUGCCACCAACAUCAUCUCCGGUACUUCGAUGGCUUCCCCUCACAUCUGCGGCCUCCUCGCAUACUUCUUGUCUCUUCAACCAUCGGAGGAUUCCGCCUACGCAGUAGCCGCCAUCACCCCCAAGCAGAUGAAGGCGAACAUGAUCUCCAUCGCCACUGAGGGCGCCCUCUCCAACGUCCCGGCUGACACCGCCAACAUCCUUGCGUGGAACGGCGGUGGCAAGUCCAACUACACUGAAAUCAUCGGCGACGGUGGCUUCUCUUUCAGCUCUGAUGCUGAGUCGUACCUUUCUGAGAAGGCCUCCGAGCUGAAGGCCGAACUAAAGCAAAUUGCUGCCGAACUCGAGGCUCUUAUUGCGAAGUCUUAG